AUGCUGUUUGCUCGAUCGGUGUUUCGAUCUCAUCUGAGACCAUCAUUGCAAUCUGCUUCUUGCUGUUCUUACUCUUCUGCUUCGUCGGCUGAAGCUGAAAGGACGAUUAGAGAAGGACCAAGAAAUGAUUGGACCAAAGAUGAGAUCAAAUCUGUUUACGAUUCUCCAGUUCUAGAUCUCCUCUUCCACGGAGCUCAGGUUCAUAGGCAUGCUCAUAACUUCAGGGAGGUGCAGCAAUGUACUUUACUCUCCGUUAAGACUGGUGGAUGCAGUGAGGACUGCUCGUAUUGUCCUCAGUCUUCAAGAUAUACCACUGGAGUAAAAGCUCAAAGGCUAAUGUCCAAGGAUGCUGUUAUUGAUGCUGCAAUUAAGGCAAAAGAAGCUGGUAGCACACGUUUUUGCAUGGGUGCUGCGUGGCGAGAUACAGUAGGCCGUAAAACCAAUUUCAACCAGAUACUUGAAUAUGUCAAAGAAAUAAGAGAGAUGGGAAUGGAGGUUUGCUGCACAUUGGGUAUGUUGGAGAAGCAACAAGCUUUAGAGCUCAAAAAUGCUGGCCUCACUGCUUAUAACCAUAACCUUGAUACUUCAAGAGAGUACUACCCAAACAUCAUCACUACUAGAAGUUAUGACGAACGUCUGGAAACUCUUAAGCAUGUUCGUGAAGCUGGAAUCAAUGUCUGUUCAGGCGGAAUAAUAGGGCUCGGAGAAGCGGAGGAAGACAGAGUUGGUUUAUUGCACACACUAGCAACACUUCCUUCUCACCCUGAGAGUGUUCCCAUCAAUGCACUGCUCGCGGUUAAAGGCACGCCUCUCGAAGAUCAGAAGCCGGUUGAGAUAUGGGAGAUGAUCAGGAUGAUCGCAACAGCACGUAUAGUGAUGCCAAAAGCAAUGGUGAGGUUAUCAGCAGGUAGAGUCCGGUUCUCGAUGCCUGAGCAGGCGCUGUGUUUCCUUGCCGGAGCCAACUCCAUCUUUACCGGAGAGAAGCUAUUAACUACUCCGAACAAUGAUUUCGAUGCAGACCAGCUUAUGUUCAAGAUAUUAGGCCUCACUCCCAAACCACCAAGUUUCUCUGAAGGAGAUUCUGAGUCAGAGAACUGCGAGGAAGUUGCUUCUGCAUCUCACUAA